GUUUACAAUACAAGAGAGUGGAGACCCUCGACAGAAGUGAUUGCUAAGGUCACAAGGCGAGUGCGUGACAAGUGGCACUCUCGGAACCCCAAGACUCGGUUUCUUCUUUACUGUGCAGCCCGCUGGGGAGGCAGGGGGAGGAGUUGAGCCGGGCUGCAGCUGCCGAGGCCCCCGCGUUCCGGGGGCGGUCCCUGGCGGCCGCGCAUUCCAGAGCCUCCAGAGCCACCCGAGCAGAGCGUGCCCCGUGCCCAGCCGCGCGUCCCGGCCACUGCUGCGCGCUCCCGCCUGCCCGGGGCUUGGAGCUACGGGGCACAUUCGGGGCCGAGAUCCCGGGGCUAGGGGUCGCAUCCCACUGCUAGGACCCGUACCGUCCGAGGAGACCUGGAGAAGCGUUCCGGCUGCCUCUACCCCAGGAACUUUUCGCAGACCUGGCACGAUCCAGCAGCGGCGGGGGCCGUGGGUUUUCAAAGGAGCUGUGCGGAUCCAGGUUUUUAACAGUUGCCAUGAUACUGCAAGCACAGCACACAAAUGAAUGUGGAAUAGGAAGUGAGCACGGCAUCGUCCCAUCUGACUCCAAAGUUUGAAAAGUUGUGCAAUGCCUCACAGUCGCACACAUGCCAGUGAAGCAGCAUGGAUGCCAUCAGCCAGGUCCCCAUGGAAGUCGUGCUCCCCAAGCACAUCCUGGACAUCUGGGUCAUUGUCCUCAUCAUCCUGGCCACCAUUGUCAUCAUGACCUCCUUGUUGCUGUGCCCGGCCACUGCGGUCAUCAUCUAUCGCAUGCGGACUCAUCCUGUCCUCAAUGGGGCCGUCUGAGAACCUCCCAAGAGGGGCAGGUGAUGGAUGAGGACAGCGUCCCUGCCCCCAGCUUCUUUCCCUUUCUCAGAAGAGCUGCAGGAGGGACUUUGGAGCAUGGACACUGGAGCUCGAUAUGUGAGGAGACCUGAGUUCUGGUUUUGAUUCUGCCACUGGCCAGUGGUGUGAGUUUGGUCAAGGGACCUAAUUCUAUGAGUUCCAGGCUCCUUAUUUUCCAAAUGGGGAUCAUGAUUCCUGCCCGUCCUACCUCAUGGGGUUGUGAGAACCAAUGACCUAGUGGAGGUUAAAGCUGUUGGUGAGUAGAUACACAGGUGUUACUGCUGAAUGCUGAGAAGCUUUGAAGAACCAAAGACCCUAGCUGCUGAUGAGGGGUGAGGGAGACACUGGGGCAGAGCAGUCUUCCCCAGUGCCCCUAAGAUGAAGGCAAGCAAAGGCACCCCGUCAUCAUUCCAAGGGACCAACAGCAUGUGGCUCAACGUUCUUUCCUUUGAGGUGCCACUCCCUUGAGUUGUCUAAUUUGGGAGGGAAUUGAGCAUGGCAGGGGGAGGGAGAUGGGUGGAUCUUCCCAGGACACCGGAAUCUGCAGUUUGGAGGGGCUCUGACAUUUCUUGGCAAUGCCAAGGGAGCUGGGGUGAUGGGCUUCAUUCUGCAUUAGCGUCCUAUAGCUUUGACGCUCAAGCAGUGUUGGCAGAUGCAGGGUGGCUGAGUUCCCUGGCCAGCUUUCAGGAUACCCAGCACCCGCCCCGUCCCCUGUGUGCCCCUCCGCCCCAGCCCCUGCUGUAAUUAGGUCCACCGCAUAAUGUGUACUCCCUUCAUCCCCUCCCACCAGCACUGCAACCAUUCCAAGGUACGAGAUGUUCCCAGCACCUUUGGAACUAACUCAAACAAUGAUGUUUAUUUUAAACGCUACAAUUUAUAUUUAUAUGUAUAGAGAGAUUUCUGGACCACUCAAGCUCUUUGACCGAAAUAAGGAGCAUCUGGGGAUUUGUUAAAUUAUGUAAGAAGAUAGCACAGAUUAUCGGGAUAUUAUUGUGUGAAAAUGAUGCUUUUAGGUUGAUCUGAUUUCAUUGAUGUACCUAACUAAUUUCCAAUAAAGUGCUAGAGUGAG